AUGGAUACUUCUUCUGGUGGCCUCUAUCAUGAUAUUGAGGAUGAUCGGUCCAGGACCCCACCUCAAUCAUUCAACACAAUCUCCACAACAUCUUCACUUGCUAAAAGGUUAGAUCGGUAUUUUGAGAUUACUGCGCGGGGAUCGACUAUUUCGACAGAACUUCGUGCAGGAAUCAUUCUUUAUGCAUCGAUGUGUUACAUCAUUGUUGUUAACCCAGACAUCCUUUCAGCAGCUGGUUUGGAGAAAGGACACACAGCUACAGCCACCACCUUUUCUGGGAUGGUUUGCACACUCUUAUUCUCACUCUAUGCGAAUCUUCCUUUCGGUUCCGCCCCAGGAAUGGGUUUAAACACACUCUUCGCUUACGAAUUGGUCCGCCAAAAUGAUUUAACGCCAGAACAAGCGCUUGGAUGCUCAUUAGCUGCGGGUCUUGUUUUCCUUUUCUUGGCGCUCACUGGAUUGUCUUCAGUGAUUGUCAAUAACAUUCCGCUAACGAUGAAGAAAGCUGUUGUUGUAGGAAUUGGUUUCUUCCAAACAAUUAUUGGUUUAUAUUCUAUGGGAAUUAUUGCACAUGGGAGAUUCACAAUAUUGGAAAUGGGAGAUUUAUCAUCAGCUUCUCAAUGGAUGGCAAUUUUCACGUUGGUCAUGAUAGCAUUAUUAUUGUUGUUGGAGGUCCCUGGAUCAAUUCUCGUUGGCAUCAUUGUUAGCAUGGCCCUGUCGCUCAUGCUUAAGCUUUCACCGGUUCCAAAGGAAAUUUUCAGUCUGCCACAAUUCGGUUCCACUCGUUUUGAUUUUUCAAUUCUAAAAACACAAACGGGGGCUCUCAUGACAUUAUUCCUCUUCCUCGUACUUUUCAUCGACACUGGCGGUGUCAUGAUCGGCCUUGCAGCUCAGGGUGAAUCUUUGUUGGAUCGACAUGGAAAUGUUGUUAAUGCUUCAAAGGGAUACGUUUCGUUAGGAAUCGGUGUUUUAGUUUCCUCCUAUUUCGGAACAUCACCAAUGGUCAUUUUCUUGGAGUCAGCUGCGGCUAUUAAUCAAGGAGGCCGCACUGGAUUGACGUCUCUCGUUAGUGCAGCUCUCCUUGGACUCUCAGCUUUCUUUGUCCCUCUUAUUCGAUACGUUCCCACAAGUGCUACUUCACCCAUUCUUGUCCUUGUGGGAAGUUUUAUGAUGGGUGCUGUCAUGGCAAUACCUUGGGAUAAAAUCAAUCAUUCUCUUCCAGCAUACAUAACAAUUGCGAUGAUUACAUUUACAUGUUCCAUUUCGCAUGGUUUGCUCGCUGGACUACUUUUCUAUUUUGUUUUGAACGUUCCAUUUGUUAUUGCAAGAGUAAGUCACCAAGAUCAUAUGACUAUUCUUCUAUGGCUAGAGAUCUCAAUAGUUGUUCAUCAUCCUUCUCGUUUCAGCUUACAGGAUGGCGAUGGCUUAUGA